GAAAAGAAAUCGCAUAUGAUUUAGGAGGCAGCCUCACUUCGAAAGAGAAAGAGAAAACACACACAGAGAGAGAGAGAAGAGGGUAAACCCAUUUCAAAACCCUCGCUCCAAGUCUUCUCUUUCGCUCUUCUUCUUGUUCUUCUUCUUUUGCUGCUACUGCUUCUGUUGGGUGUUGGGUCUGCUUUAUCAUCUCUGAAAAACGAAAAGCUUUUCACUUUGCUUUGUAUCGAUUCUGACCACCUUCAUUCUCGUCUAACUGUUGGUGGGUUUUUAUUAUUUUAUACUCUCUGUCCUUUUCUGUUCAUCUUUGUUCUACUUUUUGGUCGGAGAUGGUGGUUGCUGGCGUGAGAAACGAAGGGGGGGCUCAACUUCUCUCUGUUCGUGUUCGGAAAACCAUUCAAUCUAUCAAGGAAAUUGUGGGUAAUCAUUCCGAUGCUGAGAUAUAUGCAGCUCUUAAAGAAUGUAACAUGGAUCCUAAUGAGACUACACAGAAGCUCUUAAACCAGGAUCCUUUUCAUGAGGUUAAGAGAAAAAAGGACAAAAAGAAGGAGAAUACAGGUGGAGCUUACAAGAAUUUCGUAGAUGCCAGUAGACAUAAUGGUCAUGCAGGCCCUGGCAUGAAGGCUAAUGCUUAUCCUGAUCGAAACAAUCAAAGAGGCGGCUAUACUGGAACUACCUCGGCUGGUGUGAACAGAGAAUUUCGGGUAAUGAACGACAGUUUAGCAUAUCCAAAGUUAAGUGGAGAGCCGAAGCCCCUUUUACCCAAUGCCUCUGGUGCACAUAUCAGGUCACGGGUUUCUGAGAAGGGCAGCUUGGCUGGGAGUUUUAACAAUCAAAAGCUGCCUGGUGGACAUUUUCCUUCUCUAACACAAGUUUCAUCAGCUGCUCCAAUAACUAGACCACCUAAGGUGACAAGUUCAACUGUCAUUGCUGGAAAAGAAUUGCCAAAGGAAAACUGUGGUCCAGUUCAGGCAUCUUCAGCUCGUGUUGAAGUGAAGAAGCCAGUUGACUCCAGCCUUGAUUCAACAACUAAAGUGUCAAACAACUCUGAAGUCGGAAUAUAUCCAUCUUCUUUUGAUCCAGUUCAUGUUCCGUGCCCUGAAUCCAGUGUAGCUUCUAAUGUUGGUGUGGUAGGUGUUCGAAGUCAGCUUUCAGAAAAUUCUGGCAAACCGUCAGCAAUCAAAGACAUUUCAUUGAGUGCAUCCACCGACACCACUGAUCCUUCAAGUCAAACUUCUGUACCUGAAACUGUAGUAUCAGGAGGUUCGGCUAACAAGACCUUGAAAAAUGAAGCUACUCCCCAGUCCAUCAAGGAAUGGAAGCCGAAGUCAGGCCAGAAAUCAAGCCCAAAUGGUCCUGGGAUUAUUGGAACACCAUCAAAAUCUAGUCCAUCUGUUACUACUGAUAACUUGAAGACUGUAGAGAAGGAGCUGGAUCAGUUUCAAGAUAAGACAAAUGAAAAUAGUUAUGUUGUUUUUGCUGAUCACAUCCAAGUUUCCAAAAACCAUACACAACUGAUAUUUGGAAGCUUUGGGCAAGAUAUAGAGUUUUCCAAUGCCUUCGUUUCUGAUUCACAAAGUGUCGAAAUUGAAGAAGAAGAAGCUUCUGCUGAAGUGGUGGACCCCUUGCCUUGCGUUUCAACAGCAUCUACAGCAGAGGAGGAUCCUUCCUCCAUUGUCAUUCCUGCAGCCAAAAAUAUUGAUGAUUUAAGUCAUGAACAAGAUAAUGAAUCAUCUAGGUUCAUUUCACAGAACCCACAAGAUUCUUUUUCCAACUUACCAACUUUUCCGGUAUACUAUGAUGCAAACACUGGAUAUGGUAUUCCUUACUAUAGACCAGCAAUGGAGGACAAUGUCUCACCUCACCAGGAGGCAUCAACUCCAUCAUUGAUGGUAAGGCAACAACCAUUAUUAGCUCAGAUGUACCCACAAGUUCACUACGCGAAUCUUAUGCCAUACCGACAGUUUCUUUCACCCGUCUAUGUUUCAUCACCACAUAUGACCAUUCCUGGAUUUUCGAAUAAUCCUACCUCAUACCCUCCUUCUCAGCCUUCAAAUGGCAACAGUUAUAUGUUGAUGCCAGGAGGUAGUUCUUCUCAUGUAGGUGCGGAUUCUUUUAAGUAUGGAAUUCAGCAGUUUAAGCCCGUUUCGGCUGCCAACCCUAUUACGGGUUUUGGGAACUAUGCUAAUCAUCCGACUGCAACAGGCCAGGACGAGUCUUCUUGUCUGAAAUAUGUUCCCAAUCCCCAGCAAGGUGAAGGAUCUGAAAUGUGGAUUCAGAACCCUAGGGAACUGAUGUGUAUGCAACAAUCUUACUACUACAACAACAUGGCAGGACAAUCGGUUCAUGGUGCUUAUUUGCAGCCGCACACUGGACACUCAUCGUUUGGCUCGGCUGCUGCUGCUGUAGCACAACAGUCUCACAUGCAGUUCCCCGGUAUGUACCAUCAGCCAACACCACCACCACCACCUCAACACACAACAAUAGCCAAUCCUCACAAUAAUUUAGCUGGUCAUCCUGAUUGGGUUUAAGCCCUCAUUUUUUCUUGAGAUUUUAAAGCAAAGCUAUAUAAUUUUUUAGUUUUUUUUUACAAAAUGGUCAAUUGAAAACUCUAUAACACAAUAUGCCCUUUUAGGGCAUCAGGUUAUGCUACAUUAAUUGUCCUUUUGCAUUUCUGGUAUUUAGAUAAAUAUUUUCUUUGAGGAAGGAA